CAGAAGAAGACUUUACCAGAUUGCCGCUGACUCACAGACAGACACAAACAUAACAAUGCAGCAGAGAUAUUCCGGUAACCGACGUCCAUCGGGAACUGAUGGCUCCGAUUUCGCAUACCGUAUGGUCGUUGAUAACCGAUAUACAAAAGUUGCCAAGGGGAAAUCCACUCUCUCCAAAAUUCUCAUCAUUCAGACAGUUGUAAUUUUGUUAGGAUUACUUGUUACACUAUCUGCACUAUUGAAUAACGAGCCUCUCGAUACGUUAGCUGCUGUAUUCGCCUCUAUAACUUUCGUUUCGAUCGUAAUCGGAGAGUUAGGUCGAAAACGUAGCAGAGCUAGCCUUUUGAAAUUCUAUAUUGCUGCAUCGUCUAUAGGAGUAGUUGGAUCUAUAUUGGCCGUCGUCCAAAGCAGUAUCCAACUUAAGGUUUUCCAUGAUCCGAGUCUCUUGGAGACAGAAAAAGUAGCUGUGUUGAAGAUUGCUUGUGUUUCUGUCGGAGUGUUUGUGCAAUUAUUUUCUGUUGCUACAACAACUUCUCUCAUUGGGAAUAUGUCUCCUCCAAAAAGAGCUUCUUGACACAAAUGGAACCAUCAAUAGUACUCAUCAUCUCUCUCUUCCUCUGUAUCUUACUAAAGUUUUAUUUUUCUAAUGGCCUCAUAUUUGUUCUUUAAAUCUUAUACAUGUAAUCCUCAUGAAAAAUGACAUCGAGUUAUGAAAAAUCAUUCAUCGUGUUUAGUGGUAUGUUACUGAGUACAUAUGGAAUUUUUUCGAUUUUUGAA